CAGUUAUUGUCUCUGCUUCUGUGGAAUGCAAAGAGAAUUAUAAUAAUUCUAGUUUAUUUCUCUUUGAUUAUAAUGCACGUCUUGUGGUCUAUCGUCCGUGGAUUGUGAAUUGUGGUUCUGAUUAUUUCUACCAGUGUUAUAAUUAUUUUUAAUUAACUAGUGAGAUACUAUGUAAACAGUGCUGUGAAAUAAAAUAAAAGGAGCUUAGUCUAAAUGAGUGAUUCAUAGUAUUAUUUAAUGUUAUACACGUCACUGCAACGAUCAUUUAAAAACACUGCGGAACUCAUCUCGCAUUUGUGACGCAGACACGCCAAAAUAUAAUUUGUUAUGGAGUAUUGAAGUACGUGAACAUAAUUCGAGAUGUGGAUGAAGAUCUGUACGGUGUUGGUGCUGGCGGGGGCAGCUACAGCGCUUUUAGAAGGGCCUAAUGUUUGUACCAGACAAGAACCAUAUACAACAACAAUAAGGGUAUCCCAGCAACAGCCUUAUCAAGUAAAGGAGUAUUCGUGGUGCUUAAAUGUUCCGCCGCGUUGUACAAAGUACAAAAUAAAAUUUAAACAAGUGUUUAAAACGGAAGCGUUGGUGAAGUACAGACCGGUGGAGGAGUGUUGCUCGGGGUAUGCGCCGGACGCGCAGGGCGAGCAGUGCGUGCCGGUGUGCGCCGACGCAUGCGUGCACGGCAAGUGCGUCGCGCCCAACACGUGCUCCUGCGCGCACGGCUACGGCGGACCCGCCUGCGACAUAUCGUGUCCCGAUGGCAAGUGGGGUCGUAACUGUCAGAACGAGUGUCGCUGCCUGAACGGGGGCACGUGCGAGCCGCUGUCGGGCGAGUGCGCGUGCGCAGCGGGAUGGCGCGGCGAUGCGUGCGAACGGCCGUGCUCGCCGCCCAGGUACGGCGACGCGUGCGCCGAGACCUGCCGCUGUCGCAACAACGCCACCUGCCACCACGCCAGCGGCGCCUGCUCCUGUCCGCCAGGGUUCACCGGACCGCUCUGCGAAGAAGUAUGUCCAGUUCCUCAUGUAGCGUGUCCACAAAACUGUCGCUGUCAAAACAACGGCACUUGUCAUAUAUUAUCUGGCGAAUGUGAAUGCACUGCUGGAUGGACUGGCGAAGUGUGUGCCAAUAAAUGUCCUGCGGGCAGAUGGGGAGACUCAUGUGAAAACAUUUGUCAAUGUGCCAAUGGUGCCAGUUGUCAUCAUGUUACCGGGCGCUGUCAAUGUGAAGCUGGAUUUAUCGGUGAGAAGUGCCUAGACAUCUGUCCGGUGGGUACGUACGGCGUGGAGUGUUCUAAGAAAUGCUUGUGUGAGCACGGCGGCGAGUGUAAUCCGCGAGACGGCUCCUGCGCAUGCCGGCCCGGCUGGGCGGGCGACCGCUGCGAGCGACGCGCCUGCGCCGACGGCAAGUGGGGGCCGCACUGCGAACACGACUGCGACUGCAACCCGGAAACUACUGAAAUGUGCGACCCGUGGUCGGGCGCGUGCUCGUGCGUGGCGGGGUGGGGCGGCGACGCGUGCGCGCGGCAGUGCCCGAUGCUCACCUACGGCAAGGGCUGCCGCUACACCUGCCGCUGCGAGAACAACGGCCACUGCUCGCCGAUUAACGGAUCUUGCCUGUGUGCGCCGGGGUACCGCGGGCUGCGCUGCGAGGAGCCGUGUCCCGCGCCAUACUACGGCGACAACUGCGCCGACAAAUGCGACUGCCACAACAACGCCACCUGCUCGCAUGAAACCGGAAUUUGCGAAUGUAAACCGGGCUUUUUCGGGUUAAACUGUGAUCGACCAUGCGACGGCAAGACCUUCGGCGCAUACUGCAGGCAGCAAUGUCAAUGUGAAAACGAUGCACCUUGUAAUCCCGUCACUGGCGCGUGCGUGUGCGGCGCGGGGUACCGCGGCGCGCGCUGCGAGCGGCGGUGCGCGGCGGGCUGGUUCGGGCAGCAGUGCGCGACGCGCUGCGACUGCGGCGCGCACGCCGCCGGCUGCCACCACGUCACCGGACAGUGCCUCUGCGACCCGCCCUGGAGAGGUCUGCCUAGGAAACGCGUGCGGUGCGAGAGUCAGUGCCCGGCGGGGCGGUUCGGCUCGGACUGCUCGGAGCGCUGUCCGUGCGGCAACAACGCCUCCUGCGACGCGCUCUCCGGGCGCUGCGUGUGCGCCGCGGGCUGGACCGGCGCCGCCUGCGACCAGCCCUGUCCGCCCGGACACUACGGCGCCGCCUGUCUGCAGCGCUGCCCGCCGCCGCCAGACGGUACGAACAGCACUUGUGACCCGGUGACCGGCAAGUACACCUGUCCCAGCGGGUACACGGGCGACACGUGCGAGUUCCCGUGUCCGCUCGGCAGCUACGGGUUGAACUGCGCACAGAAAUGCGACUGCAAGAACGGCGCCGACUGCCACCAUGUUACGGGCGAGUGCCAGUGCGUGCCGGGCUGGCGCGGGCGGCGCUGCGCGGAGGCGUGCGGCGCGGGCUGGUGGGGCGCGGCGUGCUCGCAGCCCUGCCGCUGCGCGCGCGGCGCCGCCUGCCGCGCCAGCGACGGCUACUGCCGCUGCCCGCCCGGCUACACCGGACACUACUGCACGCAGUUCUGUCCGGAAGGCUACUUCGGUGACCACUGUAUGGAGGCGUGCAACUGUUCGUCGACGGGCAACUGGGCGUGCGACCCGAUACAGGGCUGCGUUUGUCAGCGCGGGUUCAUCGGUGAUAACUGCGACGUGCACGCCAAGGACGCCAUCGUCAUCGGAAAAGCAUCUGCAGGUUCGACGAACAGCGGGCUGGUGGCAGUGAUGAUAAUCCUGGCGCUGCUGUGCGCCGCCGCGGCCGUGCUCGUGCUGCUCUACUACCGCAACCGCGUGCGCAACCUCAAGCGAGAGAUCGCGCACGUGCACUACACCGCCGACCCCAACUCGCAACCCGAGCAACAGCACUUUGACAACCCGGUAUACUCGUUCCAAAGUUCGACGCGUAGUGACGACUCGGCCACACUGCUCAACAACGCGACACAGUUCGUUAACAAUCUCGGCCCGAGUAAACUAAGCAACACCGCUAUGGAGAAACUGAGAAUGCAAUCCUCGAGCUCUAGCGAUACUUAUGACCCACUAUCGUCGCUGAAGAAUAAGGACGCAGAUGCAAAUAAUCCAAAUUUGUAUCAAUAUGUUGAUGAUAACAAAUUGGACCACGUUUACGACGAAAUCAAACAUAAGGAGGGAUAUGAAAUGGAAUACGACCAUCUGAACUACACACCGCCCGCUAACAAGUGGAAGCCGCAUUAUCACAGGAUGGCGAACGGAUUUACCACGCCCAACACGCAGUCGACUUCAGAGUCUCGCGAGGACACCCCCACCCCUACGCCACCCAUUCCCCCACUGCCCAAGCUAACAGUGGCCCCUAUUCCCCCUAGCAGGGACACCGGGAGCGCAGGCUACCCCUCACUUCCCCUCACCGCCCCUGCCCCUCCGAGCAGAGAGGAACAGCCCCUCAACGUACCCACUCCUCCCCGCAGAGAAAACGACUCCAACGACGAGGAGGAAUCUCCAACACCGUGACACGUAUCCGUGACAAAUUGUAGAUCAAUUAGUUGGCCCAAAAAUGAAAUUCUGAAUCGAUAUUACAUGUGAAGCUUAAAUGUGUGUUCACGAGCAUCCUGUGGGUUGGAUGAUUUUGUAAAAUCAUUAUUUGAAAUCCAAGCUUUAAAUUCGGCAUCUAUGCAAAAAAUCUCUUUAUUUUUAUGGAAUUUUUAAUAGUCAUCAUUAGAUCGUAUUUUGAUACAUUUUAUAAAAAUGAUAUUAUUGUCAUUGUUGUGGUAGGCGCCAAUCUAAUUUCUCAAUCUUGUGUAAUUUAUUUUUAAAAUGUUUUGUAAGUAUUGGCAUUUUAAUAUAUUUUUAUUAUAAACUAUGAUUUUAAUGCUGUAAUUAACAUUUAUUUUUUAAUGAACCUUAAGCGUCGUUUAAAAUCUUCGAUUAUAAUAGCCCUUCUUUAAACUGAAAAAAAAAUGAUAUUAUCUAUUUGUAAUUCGGUCGCAACUAUCUAUCUUAAAAGAGCAAAUUUUACUUUACGAUCGGGUUGUUUAUGUUAUGCGAUUAAUGGUUGUAAAAAUGUAAUAUAUAAAGCAAUAUCUUUUACUAAAUAUAGAAACAUUUGCAUAUCUUAGAGCGGUAUUAAAAAAAAAAAGUUUGUCUUAUUUACUGAUAUGAUUGAUAUAUUAUGAACUAUGUAUCGUAAUUUAACUUUUAGUUGUAAUGGUAUAAACAAAAUAAAAAUUAAGGCAAUAAUUUAUAUUUCGAGUAAAAAUAUAGGUCAUCAUUAUUAUAAAUUAACUAGCAAAUUUUUUAUUCUGAUAAUAUUUGUUACGAGAAAGUGUCUUGUGAACUACACUGUAAAAGGACCCACCAAAAUUAGAUCUCCAAUAACUUUUUUGUUUUAAAUAUUUUUUCUAAUUACCUUCCUUGUGUAUUAACAAAUGAAAUGUUUUAUUAUCACCCUUUUAUAUGAUUACACUUUAUAUUGUAUUUAAUUAUUAUUCACUGCCGUGUAAUUCAAAAUGAUAUAUUAAAUUAAACCUAGUGGAUGCACUUGUUACAUUCCACUCAUAUGUGAAGUAUGUAUAAUGUAUAUUUAUUUUAUCUGUGUGUUUAUCAUUUAUAAUAUUUUACUUGUUGUUGAAUUAUUUACAUUUUAUUUUGGAAUCGUUAAUGUGACUUAUUACAUUUUAUUUUUGGAUAAUGUUGUGUAUGACGAGAUCGGAUCAAUUUUUGCCUAAAAUGUACAAUAAAUAGCUAGAUAAUGUGUGGUAUUGUGCGUGUAAAUAUUUUGUAAUUAUCAUCGCACCAUAAUGGUUUAUUAGUGACAUGUUGAAUUGGAAAAGUUGCUCAAAGUGCCAAAUAGGAACUAAGAUAGAUGUUGAAUGAUAUAAAUGUUGUGAAAAAUAAAUCGGAUGUUAAAUGGCAGUAAAAAACGUUUAAGAUUAUGUUAUGAUAAGCUUUUUUAUACGAAUAAUGCAUUUCAAUAUGGUGCAAUAAAGAUAAUUAUCUACUGCCAUUGUCGGCAUAUUAUAUGUUGGACGAAAAUAAUUAUCUGACAAUAUUUUUAAAAUAUUUACAUUGGGUAACAUUAACAAAAAAUAUCAUAGUAAUUUAUAAAUUUAAAAGAUUUUUUCCAAAAUUAGUAUGAGUACUUUUCUAUUAUUUGGCACUUUACACGUGUUUUAUGAAGUUAAGAUGAAUAUUUGUGAUAUAUUUUAAGAUAAUAAUCUAAUAAAUCAGGUUUAAUCAUUACAAA